AUUCAAAACAGUUAUAUACAUAUUUAAACUAGAUUUCAAUUUAACUCUGGUUAAUUACAUUGUUGUAUACUUAUUUUUAAUUAAUUGGGAAGUGUACUGACUUUACUUCAUAUUUUUGACACAUGCGCCCAUUGGCUCAUUCGCUGUCGCAAAAUAACGGGCAGCCAACUGUACGGAUCAGUGUCGUUCCGGUCGCUCGCUGUUGUCGCGGAGUCGGUGAAGUUAGUGGUGAAAUUUUUACGUGAAUAACAUCAAAAAUGGCGUCUGGUGUGACAGUAUCGGACGCGUGCAAGACCACGUACGAGGAGAUAAAGAAGGACAAGAAGCACCGAUACGUGGUGUUCUACAUCCGCGACGAGAAGCAGAUCGACGUGGAGACCAUCGGCGAGCGCAACGCCGAGUACGAGCAAUUCCUCGAGCACCUGCAGCAGGGCGGCACCGGCGAGUGCAGAUAUGGCCUGUUCGACUUUGAAUACACGCACCAAUGCCAAGGCACGUCGGAGGCGAGCAAGAAACAAAAGCUGUUCCUCAUGUCGUGGUGCCCUGACACCGCCAAGGUCAAGAAGAAGAUGUUGUACUCCAGCUCUUUCGACGCCCUGAAGAAGUCCCUAGUCGGCGUACAGAAAUACAUCCAGGCCACCGACCUGUCCGAGGCGUCCCAGGAGGCCGUGGAGGAGAAGCUGCGCGCCACGGACCGCCAGUAGGCAUCCACGACGACCGGGGCGCAAGGGUUCUUAUAAUAUAUCAUUUCAUCCUUAAGCUUUCUCUGCCGUCAUGUACAGAAUACCUACCCGCCGAUAAAUGUUGCAUAUCGGCCCUUGGCGAGAGACAAUUCGCUGUUUGCGACCGUCAAUCAGUUAUCGUAUUUAUUAACAUGUUAACUUUAGACAUGGACAAGAACUGACAACAUUCUACGAAGCCGAAAUUAGCAGUCUUCUUCGAAAGACCGAUGUACAAUACUUAUCGCCGGGUACUGAACUAGAUACUGUAUAAGACGGAUGGGAUUAUUAUAAUAAUUUAAGUUAUAACUAAUUAUUAUAUAUAUAUUUUCCUGUAAAAGAGUAAGGUAAGCUCAAACUAAAUUAAAUUCAGUGACGCGAGCAUUUUUUUUGUUACACGCGAACGCCGGUCGGCUUUUUGUACUAUUUAGAUUGUAAUAUAUACUAAACGAUGUGCGAUCAAGUUUUCGUUUGAGAUUCUCUGUCGCGGCUUUGCUCGGCUGGCCUUUGGUCGGUGGAUGAGUAUUUUGUAACCAAUUUAUCCAGAAAUACACUCGAUAUAAGCGAA